CUUGUUAAGCAUAUUUUGUUACAAACUUAUUAUAUAAUUUUUUUCAGAGAUUUCUUCUUUCAUGUAUCAUCACGAAAAAUAAGAAAAACAAGUGAAACUUGUUUAAUUAGAAGUGAUGUGGUGAAUGAUCGAUCUGAACCUACUAUCAGCAUUGAUCUUACUAAUGGAAUGAAUGUACUGUUUAAAUGUGCAAAUCUGACAGCUCUUGAGGUAGCACGAGAAUUUAAUCAAAUAAUUGAAAAAUAUGAUGUGAAAGAAGAAGAACCAACUUUUAAAUUGAAAGGUGCUGUAAGAGAUACUGGCAAAAGAAGAAAAAAGUAGUUUUGACUCUAUAAUUGUUAUUCUUUUCAGAAGCAAAUAUGAUGAAAGAAUCGUAUAAAGCUAAUAUCAACAUUUUCAAUAAAGUGUAUAAUCAGUUA